AUGACUUGGGACGUUGGGGCUGUUCCUUGUGCAGGAGGCGCUAACGUUCCUGGGCUCAAUGCGCUGUUGGAACAGUUUGGUAUGGCCUUCGCAGGAGAUGUACUGACGGGUACAUUUGCUACUGGCCCCCAUAGUAAGCUGCAUCACUACAGAAGUGGUACGAGCAUUGCUCGUUUCCCACGCGAUGGGUAUCUAUUAUCUACCCCGUUAGAGAAUCAGGCCGGGCAUAUCAUGAGAGCUGCCUCUUACACUGCACGGCAGGCAGCGAUCCUAGGCCUUUACACGCUCCCUGGUAAAGGUAGCAAUAUCGUGCUGUAUGGAGACAGCAAUCUAAUUGACGAGGUGCAUCAGCCGGAGGUAACCUUUGAGCUAUUUUUAGAACUGGUGCGGUUUGCGGUGGAGGGCACAAGGGACCCACACCUGACAUUUAGUACCGAAAUUCUGGACGUCGAUUACGUCGCUCAGGACACAAGUGUACCUGAAUGGCCUUUACGAGAUGUGCACCAACACAAAUAUAACAGCGGUCUUCCCACCACCACCUCGGCAGCGUGUCGGUGUCUAAAUAUGUCAUCACCUGACAUCUAUCUGACAACUGACACGCCUGAUAACUCCGCACACGCUCUACCGGGAUUGCCCGCAAUGCGUUCGGAUUACGAGUUUAAAUGGACGGAUAGUACAGACAGUCAUAGUUCAGAGCAGCCACGCAAUGGGGAAGUGCUGGGUUUGUCACAUGGAUACCUCGAGGGGAGCUUUAGUCUGUUAGUGGUGGCAGCGGGUGUGCUUCUACUAGUGCGAGUGGUAAGGAGCGGCAAUAUUCGGAUCCGCUUUCCGAUUCGAUGA